AUGGAAAAGAUAAAGCCUCUUUCUGGCAUUGAAAGGCCAGGAAAAAGGUCUUCCCUCCCGAUAAAGUCGAUUGAAGUGAAAAAGGUAAAGCCGAACCAAAUACUAGGCCGAAUGCCGUUGAAUGAUAUCUCACCUAAAUCAAACACGACAAGCACACUGGAAAUUAAUAGAGAAUCUUUUGACAAAUUUCAGAAAAUACAAGCAGAUAGAAAGUCACAGGCUUCCGAGCAGGUCUUGAAAGAACUGGACUCUUGUAACGAGAAAAUAAGGACCAUUCGUGAGGAGAUCGAAGAGCUCAGCGACACAACCAGAACCUACGCUGCAUCAGUACAAACUCUCAGGAAUGAGGUCUUACCCACUUUGGAAGAGACUUUGAGAACAAAAACCCUGGAAAUGGAGAAAGAAGUAAAAGAAUACGAAGAGUGGUGUUCUAUCCAGUUUAACGAGUACCAAUUGAGCUUACUUGAAGAGUUUGAUAACUUAAAGAAAGAGUUGACUCUUCAGGUUGAUGAAACCAAGGAAUACGAAGAUAAUGAAAAGAUAAAUGCAAUAAACAAGUUGAAAAACGAAAACUUGUUAGUACUCUUGGAAAUUGAAGAACGCAAGGAUUACUAUGAGAAUCUUUUUAAAGAAAAGGAAAACAUCUUUGAAGAGAAACUGGAAUCCGUGAGAAAUGAAUCAAAAGUUCCACAGUUAGAAAAUGAACUGAAGAAGAUAACGAAGGAAGCUGAUGAACUAUUUGCAACCAAAGAAGCUUUGAGAAAAGAAACCGAAUCUUACGAAGAAGCCAUCAGGACAAUGAAAAGUGAAAUGAAAUUGUAUGCAAAAACAGAAGUGGAGGCCAAUGAGCAGAAGCAGCAACUUGAAGCCCAACUGGAGGAGCUACAGAAGCAGAUAGAACAGACGAAACAGAUUAAAGAAGCCAAGAAGGAAGAAAUAGCCAAAGAGAAAUUGAUUAUCGAGUCUCAAAAAACCCAGUUACGCAAACAACAGAUCAAGUACAACAGGGUUGAACAUGAGAUUCAUGAAUACAAAAAAUUUCGUCGUAUAUACUCUCUGUUGCCUGACGAUCAAAGCAUUUCGUUUGAAAAUUCAGUUGGAGAAUGGAGCAUUGGUGAAAUUGAAUAUGAGAACGACAAGUUUCCUCUUUUGAGGACAUUCACCAGUUUAGAUGACUUUGUUGACCAAAGUUUCUUCUUCCUCAACAAAAUGGUUACUAGAAAAAUCGAUAUGGAGUUUUUAUUUACUGGUAACAAUUCAUUAACAACAGAAAUGUUCGACAAGUUCCUAUCUGAACAUAUAGACCACCUACAAUCAAAGCUAGAAUCCGAGCAGUUCAAAUCGUCUGGAAUGAGUUUAGAGUACAGUAUAGACGGAGUGACUUUUUCUCCAAUUGUCCAAAAAGAAAUCAACCUGCAAACUGGCUUUUGCUUAAAAAUAUUAUGUUCCUCAUUCACUAGUCUGAUUACCUAUAAACAAGCAGACUAUCACAAGGCAUCAUCUGGAAGUCUGGCUACAAACACAAUCGCAUUAUUCAGCCUUAAAAACGAUCCAGAUCUCGCUCAGUGGCUUCAAUUGAUGUCUAAAUUAUUCAAUUCGUAA